AACUCAAAAUUGUCAGACAUUAAUUUUCAUUCGGGAAUACGAAACUAUUAGCAUUAAAACUGAGCAAAACAUUAGCAUGAGAAAGUAAAAAAAAGUCAAUCACGACCGAAUACAAUGCAAUUAAAAUAUUUGAAAACCAUAUUGGAUGGCCAGGACCACAUAAAUCGCAUUGCUGGUCUUGCCUGGUCACCGAAUCACAAAAAAUUAGCUGUGGCCACUGCCGAUCGCCAUAUUCUGCUGUUUGACGAUGCGGGUGAGCGGCGUGAUAAGUUCUCGACCAAACCCUCAAAUCCCGCAAAUGGCAAACAAUCCUAUGUCGUACGCGGUCUAGCCUUUAGCCCGGAUUCAACCAAAUUGGCAGUGGGUCAAAGUGAUAAUAUUGUGUAUGUCUACAAGCUCGGCGAAUCGUGGAAUGACAAGAAAGUUAUUUGUAACAAAUUCCCUCAGACGGCAGCGGUUACAGCCUUGAUAUGGCUAUCGACGGGAGCGAUAAUUGCAGGUCUUGAUGAUGGCAAAGUUCGAGCACUACAUUGCAAAACAAAUAAAUCUCAAAGCCUUUACGGAGCUGAAAGUAUCUGUGUAUCGUUAGCACCAAAUACAAGAGGAACGGCAUUCUUGUCCGGCCAUAAUGAUGGCACCAUCAUUCGAUUUUUCUUGGUGGAUGACAGUAAUGAGCCAUCGGGUCGCAUAGUCCAACAUCCUGUGCCACCAUUUGCAUUGGCUUGGCCUCAGGGUGGCUUUUGUGUGGGCGGUUGUGAUCAACGGAUUGUUUUCUAUGAUACCAUGGGACGACAGGUUCGUACAUUUGAUUACUCACGCACAGAAGGUGAACGUGAAUUUACCGUGGCUGCCUGCAGUCCCAAUGGACAGGCUGUGGCAUUUGGCAGCUAUGAUCGCAUACGAAUAUUCACAUGGAGUCCUCGGCUGUCGGCCUGGAGUGAAAGUGCCACCAAAGAUAUCAAUUAUUUUUACACGGUUACAUGUUUACUUUGGCGACGUGAUGGUGCAAGACUAGCAAUGUCUAGCGUCACCGGAGCUGUAAUCGUAUUCGAAUCGGUUCUCAAACGAACCAUAUGGCAGGACAAGUUUGAGUUGAUUUUUGUGGCACCAAGUCAGUUGUUAGUUCGUUCCCUCCAAGAGCCACACGAACAAAUGACAAUUGAAUCCCAACUGGGUCUAGAAAUCGACGAUGUACGGAUAAUGGGCAAAGACAACUUUCUGGUGGCACGUACCGAAGAGUCCCUAAUUCUCUGUGAUCUUACACGUAAUUUGGUCAGUGAGGUACCCUGGUCGGCGUCGGGACGUCAUGAACGAUUUUACUUUGAAAAUCCAACGGUAUGUUUAAUAUUCAAUGUUGGCGAGCUGAGCCUGGUCGAAUAUGGCGAACAACAAAUUUUGGGUUCGGUUCGCACGGAAUUUGUUAAUCCACAUGUCAUCUCUGUACGGCUAAAUGAACGUGGCAAUACAAGGGACAACAAAAAAUUGGCCUUUCUUUUGGAUGCUAAAACUAUUUGUGUGGUGGAUCUAAUUACCCAAAUGGUUAUUGGCCAAGUUAAUCAUGAAACAAAAAUCGAUUGGAUCGAAUUGAGUGAAACAGCCCAUAAGCUAUUGUUUCGCGACAAGAAAAUGCGUCUAAUACUCAUCGACAUUUACACGGGCAAAAAGCAAACCCUUCUCAACAAUAUAUCCUUUGUCCAAUGGGUGCCGCAGAGCGAUGUGGUCGUGGCUCAAAGCAAUAACAAUUUAGCCAUUUGGUAUAACAUUGACUUGCCCGAACAUUUGACAUUGAUGGCCAUACGUGGCGAAGUUAUGGAGGUUAUACGAGAGGGGGGACGUACCGUAGUCGUUUCGCAAGAAGGACCCACAGAGCAUACCUAUCAAUUGGACGAAGGUUUGGUGGAGUUUGGCACUGCUGUGAAUGACAGCGAUUUCGGACGCGCCGUUCAUUUCCUUGAAACGUUGGGCGACAAACCGGCCGCAAAAGCAAUGUGGCACAACUUGGCCAUCAUCUCGAUGGAAGAUGGUAAUCUGCGUGUGGCACAACGUUGUUAUGCUGCUCUUGGAAAUGUAUCCAAGGCUUACUAUUUAAAUGAAAUGAUUGAAGAAGCCGAUAAAUUCGAAGAAUCAACCGGAUCACCGGGUAUACAAUGUCUAGAAGUGAGGGCUAAAUUGGCAUUACUUUCAUCAGAUCUUAGAACUGCAGAGCGAAUUUACUUGGAACAGGGUGAUAUGGAAGCCGCAUUGGAAAUGUACAAGAAAUUGAGAAUGUGGGAUGAGGCAGUAAAUUUAGCCGAAAAGAGGGGUUAUUUAGGUCUGACACAACUCAAGGAGGAUCAAAUGUCAUUCCUUUUGUCAACGGGCCAAGAAGAAAAGGCCGGUCAGGUUUUGGAGGAGCAGGGUGAAGUUGAAAAGGCCAUGACAUUGUUUUUAAAGGCCAACAAACCUGCCAGAGCUGCAAGGUUGGCUUUAAAGACACCGCAUCUAAUGGAUGAUCAUCCCCUAAUGAUGAAAGUGACAGAGGGUUUGGUGAAUUCAGAACUCUUUGAAAUGGCUGGAGACAUUGCGUAUCGCUUGUCACGACCAGAGGCGGCUCUAACAUUGUACCGCAAAGGUGGUGCCUUUGCCCGUGCUUUAGACUUGGCACGUCAGCUGGCCCCCGAUGAAGUUACAGCUUUGGAAGAAGAAUGGGGUGACUGGUUGGUGUCCCGCAAACAACUUGAUGCCUCUAUAAACCAUUACAUUGAAGCUGGAGCAACCCAAAAAGCUUUGGAAGCUGCAGUGGGGGCCAAACAGUGGCGCAAAGCUGUACAAAUAGCCAAAGUUUUGGAUGAACCGGAAGAAAUUCAACGCUACGCUUUGGAUUUGUCAAAACAUUUAGCCUUCGCCGGCGACAUUGAUGGAGCAGAAGAUCUUUUGGUUCGUGCCAAUUUGUUCAAAGAAGCCAUUGAGUUAUUGAACCGUCACGGCAAAUGGGAAAGGGCCUAUGCAAUUGGUGAAAAAUACCUCAAAGCCGAGGAAAUGCGUGAUCUGUUUGUAAACCUUGCCGGCGGUUUGGAGGAGCAGGGUAAAUAUCGUGAUGCUGAAAAGGUGUUAUUGGCAGUCAACGAGCCGGACCUUGCCAUUGCCAUGUAUAAACGUCGUGAACUUUAUGAUUCCAUGAUACGUUUGGUAGAACGUUACCAUAAGGAUCUACUUGAAAGUACCCAUCAGCAUUUAGGACGCACUUUGGAAUCGAAGGGGAAAUUCAAGAAUGCUGAAGUCCAUUAUCUCGCAGCUGGGGAUUGGAAAUCUGUGGUGCAUAUGUAUUGUACAGCUGGUCGCUGGGAAGAUGGCUAUCGGGUUGCAAAGCAAAAGGGAACCGAUGGUGCCAGCAAUCAAGUGGCCUAUAUGUGGGCCAAAUCAAUGCCCGUGGAGAGUGCUGUGCGUCUGCUAAACAAAUUGGCUUUACUUGACACGGCUGUGGGCUUUGCUUGCGAUUCAGGUCAAUUUGAUUUUGCCAUGGAUCUUUGUCGUUUUGCUGGCAAAUCCACCGAUGAAGUCCAUCUCAAAAUAGCCAUGUCUCUGGAAGAUGAGGGCAAAUUUGAAUUAGCCGAAGCUGAGUUUAUUAAAGCCAAUAAGCCCAAGGAGGCAAUACUUAUGUACACUCAUGCCGGUGAUUGGUCGGCAGCCUUAAAUGUGGCCGAGAACCAUUUGCCUGAGGCGGUGACGGAUAUUCUUAUCAGUCAAGCCAAUGCUGCUAUGGAAACCAGGAAUUUCUCAGACUAUGAAGAUCUUAUGCUCAGGGCUCAUCGUCCAGACCUGAUAAUAGAGGCUUAUAAAAACGAAGGAAUGUUUGAUGAAGCCAUACGCAUAGCCGAGGAUCAUUUGCCGGGGGCUUUGAAUGAUUUGAGACGUUUACAAGCCCAAGAAUUGCGUCGCAAUGGCGGUAGUGCAGGUGGCGCCCAAUCAAAUGAUUCACGAACCUAUCUGCAAAGAGCUGCUGAGUUUGCCAAAAAGGAAGAUUUUCGCAAAGCUGCAGAAUGUCUAAUGCAAAUUGAUAUUACAAAUGCCGAGGACGCCACAACCGUGGAAAGAGCCUUGCUAAGGGCGGCUGAGAUAUGCAAUCAGUUCCUCGAGGGAAAAGAUGCCACCGACAUAGCCAAUCAAUUGGGUCCACGUUUAUUGCAAAUAAAACAAAUUGGUCCAGCUGCGCAGUUAUAUUUGGCUGCCGAAAUGCCCAAAGAGGCUGUGGAUGUUUUCAUCAAAGCUGAACAAUGGUCCAAAGCUAGGCGUUUGGCCAAAGAACUAGAUCCAGAACUUAUGGCCUAUGUGGAACACCAGCAGAAAACUCGUCUCAAAAGUGAGGGCAAUGUGGAACAACUGGCAGACAUUGAUAUAAUUAGCGCCCUAGACAUGUUGGCCGAACAAGGACAAUGGCAACGUUGCCUGGACAAAGCAAAACAAAUCAGUUCACCGGUCCUGCAUAAAUAUGUAGCUCUCUAUGCUGCCCAGCUCAUAAGGGAGGGAGACAGUGUUUCCGCUCUUGGCCUGUACAUGAACUAUGGAGCUCCACCAUUGGAGGCAAACUUUAAUAUUUACACCAGAAUAGCAAUGGAUUGUUUUGCAUUGCGCGAAGAGUCAUGCUCCGAUGGCCUAUGGAAACAAUUGAGAGAUUUUCUUUAUCGAUUACUGCAGGCACUUAAAUCAUCCGAUUUCUCACAGGCCCCGAUAUGUGGAAAUAUAGAACAAUAUCUUAUAAUUGCCCAUUACUAUUGUGCUCGUAGUGCAUGCCGACAUGUUCAGGCCCUACAGCCCAUAGCACUGCGUAUUUCCAUAGCUCUUUUGCGUUAUACAGAUAUUAUUCCUGUCGAUAAGGCAUUCUUUGAAGCUGGAAUGGAUUUACGAAACGCUGGCCGUGAAGCUGAGGCUUUUGUAAUUCUUAACCACUAUUUGGAUGUUUGUGAGGCCAUUGAAGAUGGUACAGGGAAUUUAGUGGAUCAUAGUGAUUUGGCUGCUACUGAUUUUCCCAGUUCGGUGCCCAUACCCGAAGAAAUACAUUUGAAAAACGAUCCUGGCCUGCACGAAGAAGUUCGAGAAUGGGUGCUGGCCGUAAGUAUGGACCAACAAGUGGAUCAGGUAUUGCCCAUCGAUGAUCGAGGUUUAUAUGAGUCCAGUUUGGGUGCCAAUGAUGUGCCAUGCAUUCUUAGCGGCUAUCCAGUUAGAGGACGCCAACCUGUUACUUUUCAAUCAUCAACACGUCAGGCGAAUCGGGAUGUGUGGAGUAAAUUUGCCGUAGCCAUUAAAUUAUCAGCCACAAGUGAAGUGAGUGAUGUCAUUGCAUUUACCGAGAAAUGGAAUGGCUUGGCCAAUUUUGUAAUGCACUAGAGACUAGAGCUUUUGGUUUCAUGUAACAAUUUUUAAUAAAUAGCACAUUGAAAAAUUGC